AAUGUUUCUUAUAAAUAUAUUUAUUUUUCAGAUUAUCGAUGAGGUAUACAGAAUUUUAAAAUAUAUCAAAAUCACCCCAAGUUUAAAUCAAGCAUAUAAAGUUACAGAUGAGCUCUUUGAUUUAUCAACAAUGGCUAUUGAAUAUUAUAAGGAACAUAUUGAGCCAACUAUUCCUGAAAUGGCUUUUUAUACAUCUGAUUCUUCUUCAUUAAGCUUCUCUGAAACUGAAUCAUCAGCUAGUGACUUAGUAGUGGCUGUUACCCCAAUUGAAAUCUCUUUUCAAGCACUUAAACGUUUUAGUACCAUAAAAGAAAUAGUUAACCGUAAUAGGGAGGAUAUUUCUACCUUGAAACAUUCUGCGGAGCUUGUUAGGAAGAAAGUUAAUUCACUGGAAACAGCUGUGCAACAACUAAAAUUGCAGCAGAAAAGCACUGAAGAAACUGUAUUGCCUGAUAAUUGUAAAAUUAAUGAAAUAUUGGUUCAACUAAAUCUUUGUAAACAUCAAAUAGAAUUGCUAACAUCGCAAUUACCUGAAUCACAAAGUACAAAUAAUACUUCUGCAAUGGUAUCAAAAACAUCAAACUAUAGUUUAAUGAAUUCUUACUGUUCACGCAAUAAUAAAAACCAACACAUUGUUAAACAAAAUGAACAAAACAGAGAAUCUGACUAUUUAGCUUCUGGAGUUAAAUUUAAAUUGGAAGAAAUGCUGAAGAAAAAAAAAUCUGGUGUUGUAAAAAAAUAUUCUUUACGUAAAAUGUCCCAUGAAAGAAAAAGAGCAUCAGAUCAUACAGAGGCAAUUAAUUUCAAGCAGAAGAAAAAAAAGGCUAUCUAAUUGAAGUUUAUGUCCUAUGAGAAAAGAUAGCAUCAAAAGUUGUAUUUGAUUUCAGAUAAAAAAAAAGUAAAGCAUACGCAUCAUUUUUAAUCAUAUGAUUUACAUACAGUUCUUAUGCCUAAUUUGUACCAAGAAGUGAUUGAAGUUUGAUGAUAUUAUUUUGCAUAUUGUUGAAAAAAUGUCAAAAUACAGAAAAAGUGAAGACUGAAAGCCUGAAGUACAUAUACAGAGCAAUGCAUAUUUAUAAAUAUGGGUUUAUUUAAGGUACAGAUUGAUGUGUAAGCUAAUACAGUACAAAGUCUGAAAUCUGAAAUGGUCUAUAUCUAGACCUCUGGUCAUGAGAUUUUUUUUACCCCUUAUAAAGUCCAGGAAUGGAGAAUAUAAGAAAAAACAGUUGUGUUGUGAAAGGGAUUUUUUUUCUUGACUAAAAUUUUUGCAUGUUACUUUCAAACACUUGCUGGUUAUGGAAUUACAUCAUGACCAGGUACAUUACUACAUUAAUUGAUGUUGGCUGUGAACAUACAUUCAACCCUUGAGUGUUUUUAAAAUAUCACAAGCAAAAGGCAAAAUUUUCCAUUUAAUGGAAUUUGAAGGAAUGUGGAGAAGUGAUUUUAAAUGAAGACAAUAUAUUGGAAGUUUUCCAUUUUGAUGACAAUGUUGAGAAGCCUUAAAAAUCUGGUACAGAAAUUUCAAAAGAUGAGGACUUUCUAAAGAGAUCCUUUUAGAAAAUUAACCUUUCUUCUAAAGAAGAGAGGUUUUUGAGAAAAUAUUUCUAAAAAUGUAAAAUUAGUAUCCCUCCCCCAAGUCAGUAAAUUGAAAACAUAAAGUUAAAAACUAGAAAAAUUAUUAUGUGGACAGGGACAUUAUAUGGGCAUUUUUAAAGUAAAUGUAAAAAAUAAAUUAGAAUAUUAGUAUCUUAUUUAAUUAAAUUUGAUAUUCAUUUAAAAGUUUUAAAAGUGUCAGUAAUAACUAUUGCAUCCUUUAAGAAAAAACUUGAAAAAUUUAUUGGAUGAACUUAAAGACUUGACCAUUUCCACUGAUACUAUGAAGAUUGGCUGAAAAUUUCAUUCUUCAUUUGCACCAUCUUUGUGCUGCAAAAGGUGAACGUUUUGAAUCAGUUGUCAUGUGGAUUGUAAUAACUGCUUGUAAAGAACACCUUAAGGCCUGCUCCUUGGACCCUGUGCUGCAACAUUUGUAACUGAUAUUGAAACUACUGUAUCGGAUUUUUAUAGUUUAUCUUAAAAAUUGUAAAAAUUCAUUUUUCAUUCUUCUAUCGAUCUCAAUUUCUGAGUUAAUUUUAAAUUGGAGAACUCCUUCAUGCACACUUUGCAAAUAUUAACAUUUUCUGUGAUAUUUAAUUUGCACUUUUCCUUAAGAUGUUAAUUUUUAGAUCUAGCUAGAGAUGUUUAUGAUGAUGAAUGCAUAUUUGUAAAGUAAUAAAAAUUGAAAAUUUACUUUAAAUAAAAUAUUUCAUGCAUUAUUAUUUUUGACUAAGCCUAGGAGUAAAAAUGUUUUGAUUAUUCUGUGUAAAUAUUUUUAUAACAAGAACCAUA